AUACAAACUUGUUUCCAAUCAUUGAAUAAACAUUAACAUGUUACACCAAUUAUUAAUAUUAUUAGAUAAUUUUCAAAAUGCGUGAUUUAAAAUGUAUUACAUGUAUUACACAGUGGUCAUGUGAUCGACUACGUCACCGUGUCACAAGGCCAGCAACAUGGACGCUUACUCUGGCUUUAGUAUUUACACCUCGCUGUUGUCAGCUGUUAAACGAUGAAUGUCAGCGCAGACCGACUGAAAGCAGGUUUAAAAUAUAUUUCUGGCUACUUUUUGACAACAGUCUGAAGCUGUCUGCUGUUACUUCACUGAAAACAAACCAAACAGGGUUUUAUUUUAAUCACAGUCACAGCAGUGACAGUCAGCUGCAUUUAAAACAUGGCUUCUGCAUUUGUAGUGGGAGAUAAAUUCAGAAACAGGGUGGCAGAGCUGCUGGAAAAGACUGACUCAUCUCUGCCUAAAGGACUGAAAGAAGAACUGGAGGUUAUUCUUGAAAAACCAGAGGCGACAACCCUACCCUUCAGUACAGCCAGAAAACUGAAGAAACACCUGCAGGAUGAAGGUAAUCCUUUCUACCUGCAUGAGUUGCUGGAGGACAGCUCACUGCAUCUACCUGAGGUCGUCAAGCCUCCCAGAAACCCUCAGCUGGUCGCACGUUUGGAGAAAAUCAAAGCCAAACUAGCCAACGAGGAAUACAAUCGGAUCACACGUAAUGUAAACACUCAGGAAAUCAACCGUAACGGAACACUGGCAGAUUUUGGACACCAAGUGAGAUCAGUCAAAGCCGUCGUGUUGACCGUGUUCAACUUCCUGGUGACAAUCGUCGCCGCUUUUUUCUGCUCCUACAUGGGCAGUCAGUACCUGUUCACUGAGAUCACAGCGCGAGUAAUAUCAGCUGUGAUCGCUGCAUCUGUAGUCGGACUUGCUGAGCUGUAUGUCCUGGUCCGGACCAUGGAGGGAGAACUGGGGGAACCAUAGCAACCAGCCAUACACAUCCAACGAGGGGAGCACGAUAAUGUUUGGAAGUAAAACCAACCACCAAUAAGAACUCCAAUAAGAACUUCGCUCCCAUCAAUGGAAGACCACAGAGCUUUGUGAUGGUCACGUAUCUAACUUUGUUUGCUUGUGGACUUUUUUAUUGUUAUUUAAAAGGAAAAUCAGUCGAGUUUCUGAGUAAGAUUGGAGUUACUGAUAAUUUACAAAUUUUAUCACCGGUAGCCUGAAAUGGGACCUGAAACAUUACAAGAAAGCAGAUUGAAAAUUCUCACCUGUAAAUAUCUGUUCUUUGUCAAAUACUAGAGCUUUAUCUUUAAUGACAUUCCACCUGCACAGACUUUUUUUUAAUCAAAUCAAAAUAUGACUGAUUUCUUAUUUAUUCACAGUUUUUAUGUUUUCCAUAUUUUCCCUAAAAGUUCAGCCUCUAGUUUUUCUGCCUCCUCUUUCUCAUUGGCUCUGCCCUGUAAAAAUGAAUGUUGGACAUUUCUUAUGAUUCCCUCUGUUCUGUUGAUGUAAUUAUGUUUGUGUGUUCAAUAAAAUCUUCAGAAGUCAUCAAAAUCGCAAGUGUAGAGUUAUAAAAUCAUUGCGUAUAUACUGUUGUUUAUACAAUGUCCAUUCCAGCAUGACUAAAAACCUACAUCAACAUUAGCGGUUUUGUGUAGUUUCUACUUUAGA